AUGCCAUGGUUCUCAUAUCAAGAUGUGCGUCGAGAGCAGCGAGAGCAGCUGAUUCCGCGAGCCCGGCGCUCAAAGGUUUGCCUGGCAGCUCUGGGUGCUCUUUGCGCCGCCCCCGUGCUCUUUUUUCAUUGGCUGCCCACUCCUGCUCUUCAUCGUGCUCACGCCGGCGCGAGUCUAAAGCUCUACGAUGCCAAAAGGUCCGAGUCUGAUGGCAGCGAUGGAGAGGAGGAGCCGCAUCUGCAUCUUGGUUGGCAGAAAGGCUGCGCUCCCCUUGUGAACGGCACACAGGAUACGGUUCCCUAUGAAACUGGCAAGGCAUGCUGGAGUGGAUGUACGGAUGCUCUUGCCGAUGCAGUCUUGGGCAGCUUCGUUGGGACGUGGCACAGCAAACUGAUGAGCUCAACAAGUCUUGGUGCUGUGCUUUCAAGGUUCUCAUCGGGCUUUCAUGCGCUCUUGCAGUGGUAUUGUUACGUUUGGCUCGUUGCGAUGGUGGCUGCGCUCUGCAAUCUGGCCUCGCUGUUUUCUUUUCAGCAGCAAUCUCUCGACAGGCAGAAAAUUCGUGAGCUUGCACACGCUGCAGAUAAGGCCGUCAAGCAGAAGGCCGAAACCAUCACCUUCGUGCAGGACGAAGUGCCGCUGGAACUUUGUGGUGGUGGAGACCUGCCAGAGUGUGCAUACGGGGUGAGCAUAGGGCCCGAGUCCUUCGAUGCAGUGGCCAAGUUUUUGCGGGGCCUGGGCGGAGUGGCUCCUCUCCCAAGACCUCUAGCUGGCCCAGGGGCUAGCGCAGGGGCCGUGGAAGGAGCUGAGGCUGAUCAGGAAGCUUCGGAGGUUUUCACAUUCGUUUUCUGCCGUGCAAGCUGGGGUGAGCGCAUGCGCCUGUUCCGGCUCUGUUCGAGGGCUUUGAUGUUGAUGUUUUAUGUUGCUUUGCACUGCUGGUUCUGCACCGUGCUUCAAAUGAGCCUCCUGGCAUCCAGUUGGGUCUCGGAUCAAGAAGCACUUUUGCAGAAACACGUCUGGGCUUCUCCGUGGGUUGAAUACCUCCUGCGUGCACGAGAACUCCUGCACUUGGAAGGCCUGCCCUUCGAGGUGCCCACCCACAUUCUUCUGAUUUUAGUGCUUUUCACUUGCGUCGGCUUGGCGCGAGUAACCUUUGACGGAAUCUUGGCCGUGGUGCAGAAGCUUGAAAUCUGCUCAAGGCGAUUUUUCCUCAGCUCCGUGCUCAUGGACUUCGUGAAAGAUGGAUUGAGCACCAGCUCCGCGAUGGCAAGGCUCACUUCCCUGGUGCUCUUCAUCAUCAACGUCCUCUGCAUUGGUGUAUCUGGGCAUACCUGGGCAUACCUGGGCAUACCUGGGCUUAUCCGGGUAUGGGCACUGAGCACCAAGCACGGCCUGGUGUGGUCGUGCUCAAAGGCCUACUCCAGCUUGCUGUUUGGCUGGCUGCCCGACUGGGCCCCCCUUCUUUGUGGUGUUCCUGGGCUCUUCUUAGGAGUUUUAACUCCAUGA